AUGAAUUAUUAACCAAAUACAAACUGACAGCAAUAUCUACAUUCUAUUUUCGCUGUGCAGAGGAAAGAGUGAAUUCCUGAAAGUAAAGUCAGUCGAAUUAUUCAACAAAAAUGAAACUUUGUUCAAUCAUUUCUGUUUGCAUCAUUCUAAGUUGUCCAAAAUGUCAAGGAUCAAGCUUUGGUCUGACUCGGACUUCUCAGUCUGGGAUCAUGAAGAGUGCCGAGAUCACCAAGUACUCCAGACCAGCCAUCCCAAGCCGAAGUCGCCGACAGGCAGAAGGUCCAUGUCAUCCUCCAGAAAUUGACAACAGUUUACUGACCAGAAGAUAUUCAUACAGGCAUGGAGAAACACUGACUAUUAGGUGCAAACAAGGGUUUAAAUUGCAAGGAUCCGAAAACAUCAGGUGCCAGGAUGGAGAAUGGCUUGUCGAACGAUCUUUACCAGCCUGUAUUGCCGUUGGAUGUGAUGCACCGCCAGCAAUAGCAAAUGGAAGAUAUUCUCCUAAUCGUAGAAGAUAUGAAGAAAAUCAACGGGUGACUUACUCUUGUAAUGAAGGCUAUGAACUUCAUGGACAGAAGUACUUGUAUUGUCGUUCCAAUGGAUGGCCAAAGACACCUCUUUGCCUUGAUUCAACUCGUGUCUGUGGUUUUCCACCUACAAUAGAAAAUGGAGACACAGUGGGAAUCUCUGUACCACCAUAUAAUCAUGGUCAGAAAGUAACAUAUCAGUGUCAGAAUUACUACACUUUGGAAGGAGAAAAAGAAGUGACAUGUUCUGGUGGGGAAUGGUCAAAACCUCCACGCUGUAUUGCACCAUGCAUUUUGACAGAAGAAGAUCUUAGAAGUAAUGGAGUAGUCCUCAGGUGGAAAUUUGAGACGAGAUUAGAUGUGAAAGAUGGAGAUGCCAUAGAAUUCAGUUGCCAUGAAGGAUUUCAGGUUGAACCUCCGGCAAGGAGAUAUUGCCGAAAUGGACAUAUGGAAGUUCCCAGAUGUAUCAGAGAUGACAGGAGUUCAUGCACUACUUUAGAAUAUUUUGAAUGCCCAUCAUGUGCAAGUGAUGAAAUCUGUACUCAAUAUAAUGCUAAAAGGGUAUCAGUAUCAAGACCAGAUCAGAGCACACUGUUGUUUGUCAGUCACAGUGGAGAGAGCAAUACUUUAUUCUCGCUGAAAUGCAGCAGAGCCAAAAAAAGAAACACUUUAAAGUUUUUUAUAAAAGAAUCCAACAGUGCAAUACUGAAUGUAGGAUUCGGCAAUGGGCCUGGAAGCAUACUAUAUGAACAUCCUGUAACUGGAGAUUAUUAUUUUACAUUCCCCAUGAUUAAUUCUAUCACAUUCAAUGUUACAUUCACUGGAAAUUUCAGCAUUAGAUUUGAUAACAGGAGUUGACGUCGAGGCUAAAAGCUUGAAAGUUAGAAAGUGGAUAAAUGUGUUACAUUUAUGACAAUGUAUUUACAUCAAUAACAGAUGAAAGCUGUGGAGUUACAAGUUGGAGAAAUGGUAAUUAACUGCUCCCAAGAAUUAAGGAUACAAUAACUGAAUGAGCAACAUUUACGGAUCGUUUCUUUCUUAACUAUUAAUUCUAAAGCCAAAGUAUGAUUUAUUGUAAGCCUGUUUAAUUCAAUUAUAAUGCAACUUCUUGUGCCUAUUUCUGGAAUAAUAAUGUAUUCUGCAUACCUCUUGUAAGUUUCAAAACAUUGAUUUAUUUUCAUUAAUUAAUAAUGAAAACAGCAACCUUCAAAGCUUUAAAAGAUUUUCCAAUAUGUGGGGCUGCUUCUUGUUAAUGCUUCCAAUGUCUCUAUCCUGCAGUAUUAUUCAUUUACUGUUCAUGAGUGAUCACUAUAUUAUGUAACUAUACAUAAUGAAUUAGAGCAUCUUGUGUGUUCGUUUCUUUGUAUCAGCAAUGAAUGAACAGGGUCACUUAACAUCCAGUGAAACUUCACUUAUACUACAUGAGAAUGUUGAUGAAGACAUUCAUAGCAGUAGAACUAGUUCCAAUGUCGUUAACAUUGAAUAGAUGCAAUAUUAUUUUAUGCUACAGUUGCUUUUCUGAAAUUUAGUUUAUAGUAAUGAAAUUGCUGUAUGCUUUGGCUUCAUUGCAACAUCAUAAUAAAGAUAUUGAAAUGCAACAA